UUAUCUAAUACUCGAUCUCUUUUAGCAAACCAAUACAUAAGUAAAAUCAGAAGCAAUGACUCCUUUAUAGAUACAUUUAUGUAUAAAGUGCAGGCUGGUCAUGUAAGUAAAAUCUUCCCACGAUAGCUAUCAUUACGGUAUGACAUUAAAAAUCGAAAGUGGUCGAUCCACUAUUUUUUCGCCUGCACCAACCACGAUUCGAUUUCACUUUUAUUCGAAACUUACACGCGACUUGAAGCUCGCUCGCGUCACAUUGCGUUGAAACCUCGUCGUCGCGUCAUCGCGUCAUGUCUAGAAUUCGAUAAUAAUUAUUUCUAGCCUUGUUUUUUUUUCUCAAGUUAUAAUAAAUAUUUGUUAAAUAAUUAUUAAAUAAUGGGUCGCGUAAUCCAUGUCGGGUUUGGAUUACUCCUGGUUUUUGGAGUGUUUUGUUUGUUCGGAGACUCCGCACCGAUCGAGCCCCCUUCGUGGAACUUUCUCAUAAGGAAGAGAGAACCACCACCACCAGUGAAAAAGGUGCAGGUCGAAGACUCUCUCCGCGUCCCAUCUCUCGACUUCCUCGUAAAACCAACAGCUCAAGAUAAGCACUCCCAAGGUCGUCACCACACCGAUUCCGACUACGACUCCUCCGAAUACGACGACGACAUCCUUCCCCCUCCCCGCAAAAACAGACCAAAACCACCCCCACAAUCCUCCUCCUCCUCCUCUUGGAACGUCUUCAAAACUUCGAAACGCGCCAUCGUGAACUACGUCAAAGCCGUCAAGAAUAUGUUCUCGAACGGAAAACGGAACGACGACGACGACUAUCGUCCCAAGAACAAUGUCCAAGAACGUGGCGACAGAAAUCCCGCCGUGAAAAUUUCCCCCGUGGAAAAGAUCCCUAAGACGAAGUACGGCACGAGGGUUGAGGUGGACGAGGCCAACAGGGUCAAAGCGGUGGCCAUCGUUAACCCGGGGGAUGAAGGGGACACCGCGAGCGAUACGUACUUCAAGGAUAAGGACGCUAACGAGAAUGACGAGGGAUUAGGAAUUGGUGACGCUGUGAAAGAUCUCUUUUGGGGCUCGGUUUAUAAAGGGGCCUGAUUUAAUUAGUAGUUAACUAAUUAUUACCAGUAUUACCUAUGUAUUUACAUGUGUGCAUCUUUGUGCCAAAAAUUUGCACAAUUUUCCCAUCAAUUUACGUCGAAAUUUACUUAAUUAACUUAUAAAUGUUUGUAUUU